UGAUGUGUGUCUUCGGAAUGUGUAAUAUACUGACAUUCUCCAUGAAGAAGCAGUGAUGUAUAGAAGAUAACAUUUUGGUGGCAUCUCUUCAGCUCAACUCUUAUUGAUAUUGAACAGCUGUUUUCUGCUUGUGCACAACACUGUCCUUUCAGAUCUCAAACCAAACCACUGCCUGUCCCUUGGUCCUGGGAACUGGCACUGAAUUUCUAUUCAGUUCUACAUAAGUGCAAGUGACGCAAUGGAGAAGUGUACAGAAUCUCCACCAAGCUUAAAUGAAGAGACUUCCUUUUUGAGAGGAGGCAAUCUGAUUCAGCAGCCACAAGUGCAACAUCCAGCUGAGGAGAAACCUCCUUUAACGGGGCAAGUUGUACCUGCCCUGAAUAGCCCGGUAAUGUCUGGGCCUUACUCAGGUGACCAUCCCCCUCAAUUUCAUGGUAACCCAGCCAGUGUCACAGGAUUUUUUGCUCAGGUGACUGCCUAUUUGACGACUCUGGACAUUUCUAAUCCUGCAGAUGAUGCCAGAGUCAAGCACUUUUUUGACUACCUGUCGCAGCAGAUGCAAAAUUCUGAUGUCCUAUCUGAGUCCACACAGAGUAAUCUACUGAAACAAUAUGAGAACUUUGUUCUUGAGUUCCAGAAGUCAUUCGGUGAACCAAUGAUACAAGAAACAACUCCUCCAAUGAAUGCUAUGGUUGACAAAAGUGACAUCUCUCCGCAGGAUGCUACUACUUCCCAAGUUCAUGCUCCAAAUUUGAGUUAUAGUGAGACCGAUCAGAGAGACCAGCUCCAAGCUGACUCCACUCAUGAUGAAGAAAUCACAGAUAUAAUGGACAACCUACCAGAUUUGAUCACUCAAUGCAUUCAGCUGGACAAAAAACACAAAGACAGACCAGAACUCCUACAGUCAGAAAGUCAUGUUCCAAUGGUUGCUUCCCCAAAUCGUAGCCAGUCCUUUUUCAGCCCCAUACGGCCACUACCAAAGGAUGGGCUUAAACCAAUGCAGGGAGCCCACCUGCCUGUAACUCCGGCCAAAAGAGCCCGCCAGCAAGAAACUCAGUUGUGUCUCUACUGUAAUCAGGCUGGUCACUUCACAAGAGAUUGCCUUGCUAAACGUUCUAGAACUCCAGCAAGGAAAAAAAUGUAGCUAGCUUACUAGUAAGAGGAGGAUAAGUAAUCACUUUGUAAAUACAUACCCUUUCACCAUUGGCCUUAGUGAUUUAUAAGCUUUUACAAACUUCAAAAUACAAAGUUGCUGUGGCAUCACAUUGGAAAACAGCCAAGAACAUUUACGUCCCCAGGAAUUUGAAUAAGCAGACCUUGUUGGUUGAAAGGUAGCCUCUCCCUAAACUUAUUCUAACAACAAUGAUGAAGAUAAUUACCAGAAACUUCAUUAGUUGGGACCAAUCACUUUAAGAGUUCUAAAAGUUUGCAGAGGAGACUCUCUACAGUCUGAGCUAAAAAAAAAAAUCAACCAAACAAAAGUCCCUUAAGAUGUACUGAGAUUCACAUCCCUACCAAAGGAUGCAAUCGUGGUUGAUUCUCUUGGACCAAAUCCCAUAGCUGAUGUGCCUAGGACUGAGCCCAAAGCUUUUAUCCUCUUUUUUAUUAAUCUACUUCUUAGUGACUUGUUUGUUCAGGUCUUUUGUUUGCAAUCAUAGUGGCAUCACCAUGUCCAACAAUAUCCUUGUCAUCGAGAGACCAGAAUCUGUAUUCUCUUCUAGCUAUUAAUUAGACUCUAGUGCCAACACAUGCCAAUCAUCCUGGAAUGAAAUCUCUGACACCUUUUAUACAGCUAUAUAUUUUGCUGCCAUCGGAAGACUCCUGCUUACUCAACAUGCUGAACUUCUCGGCUAUUGCUAAACCAAAUUAUAUGGUCAUUGGAUCUGAAUAUUGAUUAAUUAUUGGCAACUUUCUUUGACAAAUAUCCUCUCUGGCAGUUAACAUACUUUGAGCCUGCCAAUCCAAGUUUAGUCAUAUCUACACUAAUGUUCCUAUUUUAGGUUUGGAUGUAUAUAUGGCUAAGUCUAAUGGUUUAAGAUAAAUGACCAAGUAAGGUAUUUGAAGACAUUUGUUUAAAGUAUCUAUCAUAGUUACUGUAACAGCAGCAUGUUCUUGCUGCCCGAACAGAGACAAAUCUCAACUAAGGACUGACUUUCCAGCCUGCCAUAGUUGGUGACUUCCUAGGCCUCACCACUUAAUAAUCACUGCCAGUUGCUACCAAACUAAACUCCUAUGGACCACCUUUGGCUAUUGUUAUCUAAUUGAGGACCUUGGGAAGCAAUGGGAUGACAUAGAACUUUCAGAACCAACUCAUCUAAAAACUCGUGUGCAUAGACAUUAACACCAUCUGUGCACAAAAACUCAAGAACUGGGGUGUUCUUUUGCUUGUCUUGUACUCUUGGCACACAUCAGCUCUAUGUAUAAAUAGAUGAUGUAGGUGAUGCUUCUGCAAAAAAAAAAUGGAAUGAUGUGCUAGAAAAGCACAACUUCUUAGAAAUGUUAACAACUCCUGUUGCUCAGUAUUUGUUGGUAAUUACCAGUUCUUUGUUCAUUGUUUCUUGGUGCUGGUGUAUUUCCCCAUAAUGGAUUUCCUGAAAUCAGUCAUUGCUUAGUCCUUAAUAGCCACUCAGAACAUGAAGUGCCACUGCACUGUGGUCUUGUUCCUUGAGAAUUGUGCUUAGCUUUCAAUACUUAAUCCCAGAUGGGACUCUACUGUUCUCCUCUUAUAGCACCAAGAAAUAUCUCUUCAUCCAUCAGUGCCUCACUAACCACUGUGCCGAUCCAUACUUACAUUCACACGCAGUUUGUUCCUUUGUCAGUAGCUUGCUAUGUAUUCACAGUACUUCAUAAACGACCAUAAUGAGAUGUGAAUGCACAUGUUCCGACUGUGCUAAGAAAUCCCCACUGCAUUACUGGGAUUGUACAAGAAACUUUACCAAGUGGAAUUAUUUGAAUGUUGAGUGAGUCUAGGAUUUUCAGAAAGAAUCCUCAUCCAUCUCUUUUAAUUCUAUAAUAAAGGACUAAUCCAAAUGA